UACCGUUAGUCGCUUCAUGCUACAGAAACCGGUAUAAGCUCCGGCCUGAUGGGCCACUUGGCUCGUGUGCAGACGUUACCCUACCGAAGACAGGCUACGGUUCUUUUACUGUGAGGGUUUUAUCUGACCGUUGGCUUCUAGUAACGGAAUGAUGAAAAUAAUUUUUAAGGUAGGUAACGUAUGAAAAUCGGCCGAAAAUUUCCGAUUGAUUUCCGAAAGUUAGGAGAGAGGCAGUCGAAUUGUUCGAUGCUUCACACUUACCGCACGUCCUCAUUGCUUGUUAUGUAACAUUACGUGACGCCCUUAAUGCCACUUAAUCAGAAUCAGACUUGGAGUUGGCGAGUAACAGUUUCAAUGCAUUAUCGGAAGUGAGUAUAAUGGUUAUGACUGGACAAAUUCCAGACAGAGAAAUCAUAGAUAUCAAAUGUAAUGUGCUCCUGCUUUCCCAUCCCACAGUUCCUGGGGAACCACCGAAUAAUGUCAGAGCCAGCCCACACAGCACCACGAGCAUCAAAGUCGAAUGGGAUCCAGUACCGGAGUGCGAUAGAAAUGGAGAAAUCACCAGUUACGUGGUUGAGGUGUUUAACUUAACGAACGAAUUAGAAGACAAACUUGUUAAUGUCACCGGGAGCAAAUCUUUCGCGGUCAUUGAGGGCCUACAAGAGUACACAAAUUACUCUGUUAAAGUGUUCGCCGCGACGGCCAAGGGCGAAGGUCCAUCAAGUGAAUAUAAAAACACGACAACUCACCAGCCAGCACCGACGACUGUUCCCGAAAAUGUCACGGCUAACGCCACAGGGAAUUCAACUAUUCAUGUAAAGUGGAGUUCUAUAGACAUUUCAGCCAUUAAUGGUUUCCAAGGAUUCAGUGUAAAGUAUGAGGCAGACGGGCAUCCAAAAAGGAGUGGAGAAAAUAAGACAAGGCACACCAACGAAUUUACAUUAACUGGGCUUAGAAUGUUCACUAGAUACAAGAUCCGAGUUGCAGCGCGCACGACACAAAAUGGGAACUACAGCAAAGCGGUUUACGCGAAAACCUGGGAAGGAGUUCCCACGAAACCACCGGCUAACAUUGACGCGAACAUCCUGGACAAGUUUGUAGAAAUCAGCUGGAAUCCAGUUCCCGAAGAGUCGCGUAACGGUAAAAUACUGGGUUACCGCAUAACCUACUAUCAAGCACGCAACCAUACUUAUCAACAGACCGAAACAAAGCCUCAUGAUUUCUUUUCAGUUCAGCUCAAGUCACUUGAUAAAUUCACAGAAUACCACGUCAAGAUUUUGGCAUACACCAGAGCAGGCAAUGGGAAAGUUGACUACAUUUCGUUUAACACCAGUGACGAUAUACCUAGUAAACCUCCUCGAGACGUUAAAGCCAUUAGCUAUAUGUCACCUCACAAGAUCCAGGUGACCUGGAAAAAAGUCCCCCGGAAAUUUAUGAACGGAAAACUGUUAAGUUAUCACGUGACCUAUCAGCGAGUGAUGGUUGGCGGCGUACGUAAGGAUUUUGAGCUCGAGCUACAAGAGACAGUUAGCGUGGAAACUGUAACGUUGGAAAAUCUGGAGCCUUAUUCCAAGUACAAAAUCAGAGUCGCAGCAAAAACGGCUAAAGGACUGGGACCGUAUACGCCGUUUACUUACGGCGAGACUUGUCACUGCCUGGGUCGUCUUUCGACAAGUUGGCGACGUUACGCACCGUAUGUCAACUUCACAGAAGAUGGCAAACCUGGUCAAAUCAUUCCGCUAGUCCUGCAGUCCAUGGUGAAAGAAUGCUGCGGACAUUGUCGCGACCCUAAUCAAACCGUCCUUGAUUUUGGAACAAACGGCAGGAACGAGUCAUCAACGAAAAACUCGAGCCGCAAACUCCUAGAAGAAAUGGAUGAAUUGACAGAUUUCGCUUUUCCUGUUUACGGUCACAAAGACCAAGAUUCUUACAAAGGGGGCUUUGGCUAUACUCCAGUUAUAGAGUCCGCAGGCGUGGCUUUUAUAGUAUACCCAGAAGUCUCUACGACUCAAACCACAAUGUUUCACAUGCUGCUCAAUUGUCUUCCUGUGUUUAUUCUUCCCAUAGUUACAGCUUACAUUGCGGGCGUAAUCAUAUGGUGUUUGGAAAGAAAAAAUAACCCUGACGAUUUCCCUCAGUCGUUCCUUCGGGGCACCUGGGAAGGAGUUUGGUGGUCAUUUGUUUCCAUGACUACCCUGGGGUGAGUAAUACUUACAAUAAAGAAGUUUAACCACGCUUUAUAAUUGGUCGGGGAAAAAAAAUCGUUCAAAGUUCUGUAACAUCACAGCCAACAUACCAGGUAUUUUUCAUCCAAUCAAAAGCAAUCAUCAUACUUUCAACCAAUCAAAAUCCAGUCGUGAUUGGGUUACGUGAAUUUUCCCGCGCUUGACUGCGGUUAUAACGUUUUCCCGCGUACGACACUGGUUACAUUUAAUUCCGUGUCGGACACUGGCUACAUGUUUCCGUACCCUCGUAGGCACUUGCAUGUUUUCCCGCAUUUGACACUGGAAGAACUUUUUCCCGCUCUCUUCAGCAGUUGCCAGUUUUCCCGUGCUUGACAAUUGGUUGUAUGUUUUCCCACGCUUGUUACCCGUUGCAUGUUUUCCUGUGCUUGUCGCCGGAAGCAUGUUUUCCCACGCUAGUUACCGGAAGCAUGUUUUCCCGCGCUUGUUACCGGAAGCAUGUUUUUCCGCACUGGUUACCGGAAGCGUGUUUCCCGCGCUUGACAGAAGUUACACGUUUUGCUGCGCUUACCACCGAAAGCAUUUUCCCCGCUUAACAAUCUUUGCAUGUUUCCUCGCGUUUCACAGCAGUUGGAUAAUUUUGCUUCGAGUUGCCGCUGGUUGAGUACGCAACGGCCCUUGAUCUGAUUGGCAAGGAUAAUAGUAACAAGAACUAAUUUAUUCAACAACACUUCACCAACA